CUCUUCUGUUCCAGUUGUAACAGUAAUCUACUCAUGAACGUUGGACCAACUGCCUAUGGUGUUGUCAGCUGAGGAGAGGCUGAAGCAGAUGGGCGAGUGGCUCAAGGUCAAUGGUGAAGGCAUCUAUGAAACAAGACCCUGGACCUACCAGAAUGAAACCGUGAUACCCGAAAUAUGGUACACCUCAAGGACAAAUGGACAAGAAAAAGACAUCUACGCAACCGCCAUGAGCUGGCCCAACGUAGGGACCUUCCAGCUGAUCCGCCCUAUCCCUAAUGUCAACUCUGUGGUCAGUCUACUUGGCUACCCUGGGACAUUCAGCUACACAAAAGCUACAGGUCAAGGCAUCAACAUCAACAUUCCGGCCAUUCCAGCAAACGCUCUGCCGUGCAAGUGGGCAUGGGUGUUCAACAUCACCAAUGUUCAAAACUAA